AUGCGCAAAGAUAUGGAUAUGAAACUUUCGGCUAUCAAGGAGAAAGCCCUCUCAUUGGGCUGUGAAUUGAAUUUGAACCUCACUAUCUUUCCGCUCGAUGUUCCGUCUGGCGUCAGCUCCCAGCCCACUGGUGAUACAGACGGAAUUACUGGUGCCGCGGGCAAAUGUGGGCGAAUCGGCAACUGCGUCAAAGCAGCACAGCUGAGCAUAAGUGGCAUCCCAACACCCCCGGGCCUCUCCGACGCGGUGUUGCACGCUGAUGUGCAUGUAUUCGGAGGGAAUGAAGCUUCACCUGAUACAGCAUCUGCGGUGCCGUAUGAACCAAAUUACUUGGCAUACUACUACGCCACGGAAGACAAUCUAGUUGCAGAUGACGAUCGUUACGUUAUAGGAAAAUCCACGGGGCUAAGUAUCUUUCUUCCUGCCGUCACAGAGGCAUUGGCGCGCGGGGGUAACUGGACAGGGGGGAAAGUUCUCCAGGAAUGGUUUCCCGAUAUUGUGAAAGAUAAUGCAGACUGGCACAGAGUUGUCGGCCCUGAAGGUACGAGCCGUUGGACGUGGAUAGAAAAGGGCUAUAGUGAAAUGCCCCUCCCAUUGAUUUGGUUCCGUCGCUUUCUCCUUCGAUGA